GACAGAAAGGCCACAGAGAGGCUGAGCUGAGCUGACUGGCCUUUGUUGUGAAGGAGAAACAGACCGACAGAUGGAUGUUUUAUAACGGUCGGACAGACGGAGUGGAAGUAGUUUAGCUUGGUUCGACCCAGCGCCUUUAUUUCAGUAGUUGUUCUUAUUUAUUUAUUUAUUUAUUUUGUUCGCAGAUUUACAGUAAGAUUAUUACCGCUAACAGUCGGUGAGCGGAGGCAGCACAGAGGAUUCAGAGGACUCCGCUACUGCUGCGGCUUUUUGGACCAUUUUAGCCCUUUUAGUUCAUUAACCUCACAGAAAACAACCUCGGAAUAACACGACUGGAUCGACAACUAUCCUCAGAUACAAUCCAGAUAGAUGAUUAACCCUGCUGUGACUUUGGAUCCGUUGAUUUUCGGUCAUGUUCGCGUGUCGGUCGGUUUGUUGUUGUGGCGUUAGCUUAGCCAGCUAGCACAGUUAGUUAGCAUUAGCGCAGUCUGCUUUGUGCGGGUUCUUUUCUUUUCCUUGCGCUAAAAAUCAUGUUUGGGACCCCAAGGAACCUUUUAUUCAGCUGAAAUGUGCUUUUAAAAGCUUAUAUAGGCGUUUUAGUAGGUUAACUGCUAUAAAUGGGCUGCCAAAUGUAGCUGUAAGUCAGCUGAAUGUAGCCUGAUCUAUUAGCUUAGGUUAGCUUAGCUUAGCUUCAGUCUAAAGAUUCAGCUGAAUCGGCUGAUGUGAGACAUUUAAAUUACAUUUUGCAGGCCAUAAACUAUAUAAAGCACCCUAGAAUUUGUACCAGAUAGCGAAUAAAGACGGUAGAGUCUGUUUGUUCUAGAUACACAAGGUAACCUGAGCUGCUUUAGCCUGAGUUUAUAUGACAAGGCGAGUAAAAUCUUAGUAUUGGACAUUCAUCACAUUUAUAUUUUUAACAAUUGCUGCUUUUAGUAACAGUUAACUUCAUCAGUACAACUUUUAAUUAGAUGUUUAUUAGGGUUAUGGAUAUAUACUGACGUUACAGGAGGUUACAAGUUAAGAGGACAGAACAAAAACAGCCAGAUUAAGGCCAGUACAUUUACUUUAACCUUAUAACUAAUUAAACACAAGUUAUUAUGGCCAGUUUGGACAUGAAGACCUCGCUAUGGACAUGUUCAGUCGCCACCCUCUGCCUAGUCUUCAUUGGAAAUGCAGCUUGCUCACAGCACAACGACAAUGUUUAUGUAUCAGGAAUUUCUAACGCUUGCGGAGAUGUGGUGGAACAGAUCAGGGCGUCCAGCGGUGUCAUCACCAGUCCAGGCUGGCCCUUUGAGUAUCCGUCCCGCAUUAACUGCAGCUGGAACAUCAGGGCCAAUCCUGGAGAAAUUAUCACCAUCAGUUUUCAGGAUUUUGAGAUUCAAAGCUCGCACCGCUGUGGAUUGGACUGGAUCUCCAUCGGUACCUAUAAGAACCUGGAUGGUUAUCGCGCCUGCGGCUCAUCCAUCCCAGCUCCGUACAUCUCCUCUCAGGACCACGUGUGGAUUAAGUUCCACUCAGACGACAGUCUGACCGGCAAGGGCUUCAGGCUCUCUUACAUAACAGGGAAAUCUGAGGAGCCCAGUUGCGAGUCUGAUCAGUUUCACUGUGGCAAUGGAAAAUGCAUCCCGGAGUCAUGGAAGUGCAACACGAUGGACGAGUGCGGCGACAAUUCGGACGAGGAGCUGUGCGUUCAGCCAAAUCCCUCAGCCUUCUUCUCUUUCCAGCCCUGUGCCUUCAACCAGUUCCCCUGCCUGUCCCGCUACACCCGCGUCUACACCUGCCUCCCUCAGUCUCUGAAAUGCGACGGCAGCAUAGACUGCCAGGACCUGGGCGAUGAGAUCGACUGCGACGUGCCUGUCUGCGGCGAGUGGCUUCGGAACUUCUACGGAACCUUCAGUUCGCCCAACUACCCGGACUUCUACCCGCCCGGCAGCAACUGCACCUGGCUGAUCGACACCGGAGACCACCGCAAGGUCAUCCUUCGCUUCAUGGACUUCAAGCUGGACGGCACGGGUUACGGAGACUACGUGAAAGUUUACGACGGUUUGGAGGAGAAUCCUCGGCGGCUGCUACGUGUUCUGACCGCCUUCGAUUCUCGAGCUCCGGUAGCCGUCGUCUCGUCCUCCGGCCAGCUCCGCGUCCACUUCUACGCAGACAAGAUCAAUGCGGCGCGAGGCUUUAACGUCACCUACCAGGUGGACGGUUUCUGCCUGCCCUGGGAGAUCCCCUGUGGCGGGAACUGGGGCUGCUACACCGAACAGCAGCGCUGCGACGGGUACUGGCACUGCCCCAAUGGCCGCGACGAGCUCAACUGCAGCAGCUGCCAGGAGGAUGAGUUCCCCUGCUCCCGUAACGGCGCCUGCUACCCUCGCUCCGAUCGCUGCAACUACCAGAACCGCUGCCCCAACGGCUCCGACGAGAAGAACUGCUUCUUCUGCCAGCCUGGAAACUUCCACUGUAAGAACAACCGGUGCGUGUUCGAGAGCUGGGUGUGUGACGCGCAGGACGACUGUGGCGACGGCAGCGAUGAGGAGAGCUGCCCGGUCAUCGUCCCCACGCGGGUCAUCACGGCCGCGGUUAUCGGGAGUCUGAUCUGCGGCCUGCUGCUGGUCAUCGCUCUCGGCUGCACCUGCAAGCUCUACUCUCUCAGGAUGUUCGAGCGCAGGUCCUUUGAGACCCAGCUGUCCAGAGUUGAGGCAGAGUUACUGAGAAGGGAAGCUCCACCUUCAUAUGGGCAGCUUAUUGCUCAAGGCCUAAUCCCUCCAGUAGAGGAUUUCCCAGUCUGCUCUGGUAACCAGGCCUCUGUGCUGGAGAACCUGCGCUUGGCUGUGCGGUCACAGCUCGGCUUCACCUCCAUCCGCCUCCCGACCUCCGCUCGUCAUGGCAACAUCUGGCGGCGUCUCUUUAACUUCACUCGCUCCCGCCGCUCCGGUUCGCUGGCGCUGGUGUCCGCCGACACCGAGGAGGGCUCGGGCAGCUCCGGCCGCGACCAUGACCGUUUGGGGGCUCACCGUGGCCUGCUGCCGCUCGAUUCCGAUGACACAGACACCGAAAGCGAACAGCAGCCGCGACGGGACGCCCCUGGUGCCGUCGGGGGUCUAGCGGCUCCGCCCCUUCCUCACAAAACCCCGCCCACCACAGCAGUAGAGGCCAUCGUCUCUGUUUCCAGCAGCUCCUCCUCCGCCCCUCUGGCCAGCCGCGAAGGCAGCAUUGCAGAAAGUGUAACAGACAGCAGUGGGGUGAGUGAAGGAUGUGGUGUGGUGCCCCCCAGUGGGGGAAGGAGCCCUUUCAGCAGCGCUUUAAGCCGCGUCACACGGAGCCUCCGCUGGGUCCGCUUCAGUCUCGGCCGCUCUUCCGCUUCUGGGUCUGGCUCGGGCCAGCAGAACCAAAGCCCGCUGCGGCAGCUGGAGCAUGGCACUGCGGGGGGCGCCAGCGGGAGCAACAGAGGCGAGGACGAGGAUGACGUUGAGCUGCUGAUUCCAGUUUCAGACGCAGGCUCGCUGGACAGUGACUCCAACGAAAGCGCAAGGCCGUUGCUGGAGCCUGGAGCAGACCAGGCUUUCGGAACGCAGCCGAACCCCGCAUCCCGGGGCAGGCCGGUGUGCCGGGAUGGACCCUGUGAACACUGUGGAAUCGUCCACACGGCACGCAUCCCUGAUGCUUGUCUGGAGGCCACAGCUAGAACAGAAACCAGCGACGACGAGUCUCUCCUGCUGUGUUAAGUCAGGAGUUCUCAGCUCCAAUCCUGAGGACCUGCUGCUCUCCGGUGUUUUCCCGAACCCAGCACUCCGACUCCGGCCCUCGCCCAGCGAGGUAGAUCAGCGGAAUAUCUCACAAAGCAGUGUUUCUUAGCUGGCUUUCACUUUUUUUUAACAGUAUUAUUGAGUAUAAAUGCGAUAUAUUUUCAGAAUAUUGCAUCACAUCACUAAACAGAACAUAACAGGCAUGAUGACAGAUGAAGAAAAACAAAUGAUACAUAUGCAAUGGCAGUUAAAACCAGAAUACAGUUUCAGAUUGCAGCAUGUUAGUGUACAGAAAUAUUUUAGGUGUCUGGCUUCUUCAAAAGAAGAGUUUUCCCCAAACAUCCAGAGAUGGGUGUGGUUUUCUUCUAAUUACAAUUGUUACAUUUAAUAUGGCCAAACAAAGAGAGAGACUUUAACUGCUGGCCAAUUGUUGGACAGCUAAUUUAAGGCUGACUGGAAAUCAAAAUGGACAUCUAUUUACCUUGUUAGUUGCAUUAUGUUUCAUUAAGGACGAUUAUUAUUAUUAUUAUUAUUAUUAUUAUUACGAAUAUAAUAUCACAUCACAAAACAGAACAUAAUACAUAACAGGCAUGAUGAAAAAUGAAGAAAAACAAAACAAAUAUGAUACAUGUGCAACGGUACAGAAGUUCGGAGAGGCCAUGAGCUGUUAAUAUAAUUUUCUGGAUUGUUAUCUUGAGAUCACAAGAUAGCUAACUCAUUAUCUCAAGAUAACAACUUCAUUGUAUUGAGAUCACAAGAUAGCUAACUUGUUAUCUCAAGAUAACUUUGUUAUAUUGAUAUCACAAGAAAGUUGACUUGUCUCAAGAUAACAACUUCGUUAUAUUGAUAUCACAAGACACUUAACUCGUUAUCUCAAGAUAAAACUUUAUCUUGAGAUCACAAGAAAGUUAACUCGUUAUCUCAAGAUAACAACUUUCUUAUGUUGAGAUCACAAGACAGUUAACUUAUCUCAAGAUAACAAUCCAGACAAUUAUAACUACCUCAUGGCCUCUCCAGACUUCCAUACCGUGGUGAUGAAAACCGUUACAGUUUCAGAUCACAGUCUGUUGGUGCACAGAAACAUUUUAGGUGUCUGGCUUCCUAAAAAUCACCAGUUUUGUCCCCAAACAUCCAAAAAAUGGGUGUUGUUUUCUUCUAAUUAUUACAAAUGUUACAUUUACCGUGGCCAAACAAAGAGAAAGAGACUUUUACUGCUGGCCAGCUGUUGGACAGCUAAUUUAAAGUCGACCUGAAACCAAAAUAGACAUGUUUUUACCUCGUUAGUUAUUUUAAGUUUCAUCAAGGAUGAUUCGUCAUACCAUUUGACAAAAAAGAUAAAAUAUUUGUUUCCAUCAUCAAUGACCAAACUAGGAGUCUGGGUGCUGUCUAUCUGAGUAAAGUGGGCGGGGCUUAUGCCAUGGACGCACCCAUGCUCAAACAACAAAAAUUCUUCUUUCUCUUGUGAUCUUACAUCAGAAUGUAAUGGCUUUAGCCCCGCCGCUAAAAUGCUUUCUUAUUUUAGUCACAGUGCACAAGCGUGUGAGACAAAAUGGCAUUAACCAAUGAUACCAUGUUUUACCUUCUCCACUCGCCCCCGCCACCAGGUCCUGUCUCGAUCAGGAGAUUUAAUCCUGCUAUAUAAAUAACUCUGAUUAACAGCCGUCCUUAUUUCUUCAAUCUAUGCAGAUAUUAAAGUAAAAGCCUACAGCAGCUAAAUGGCCUGAUUAGCUAUUUUGCUUAGCUGUUGAUGCUCCUGACAGACGACAAAAACAGCUGGAGCUCAAAUAAACAAAGCUGCCCUCUGAACAUGUUGGAGCUCCAGCAGCUGCUUAUGCUGGUUUCAUAAGACCAACGAUGCGUCUCAGUAAACGUAUUUUCUAUCUUCUUUUAUUUACCUUCAACCAACUGAUGAAAACACACCCCAUUCAUGCUAACAUUAGACUGUGAAAGCUGGCAACUGUGCUUCAGUAAUUGCAGGACGAAUAUAUAAUAAUUGUGACAGGUUGUGUUGUGAGUCAAGCCUGUCCAAUCAGAGAACAGCUGAGGAACAUUCCUAUUGGACAGUCCUCAAUUUGGACCGAAGUUAUCCAGCGUUCCUGAGAAAUCCUGCUUUGUGAAAGGUCUGUCUGGGCGGGAAACGUUUGAAAAGGCAGCGCGCCCUCAGGUCUGGAGUUGAGAACCGCCGUGCGAAGCCUGCCAGCUGCAGCGCAGUCCGUAAGGCUCUGAACUCGUGAACUGUCCCUGCUUCAAGCUUCGCUUCUUCUGUCUCCCCAGCAGGGAAAAGUGUGAAUGUGUUUUUUUGGACAACCUGCCCUUUGAAUUUCCAAAUGCUUACACAAGAGCUUUGAGACCAUUUCUGGUACGCAGUCUCCCCCUCCACUGUGCUGUUUUGGCAUUUCUCUUCACCGUUUUUAGCUACGUGGUUAAUAAAGUCUUCUUUUUCCUUCUGUUUCGUUCUCCCUGCCUUUGUUAAGAGGGAACAGCUGCAGUUUACGACGAUACACUUAGCUGGGUGGGAGAGGAGCGCUGGGAAGCGAAGGAGCUGUGUAAACACUGUCUGGAGGAGGUGUAAAAUGUACACUGGUACUGAAAAAGCUGAACUAGCUCAGAAGCUGCAAGAGAUUUAUUACUUAUUAUUGAAUUAUUUGAACCUUGAUGUCAUUAAUUUCCUUAAAAAGUGAGCAAAAACUCGGAGGGUACGUGCGACUCUGACGGUACAGAUGCUGACGGUACGGUUCAUUUCAGUUACUGGGUGAUUUUUUUGGUCCCCAUUAGAGACACAGAAAUGGUUUGCAAAUAUUUUCGUCUGAUUUUGGGCUAGAGCAAUUUAUUUAUAACGGCGCGUGAGCGGCGGAGUGACUGAUUUCAAGGAUGCUAUGUUGUGUAACAGCCACUGAUGUUUGUUGUAUUUAUUGUUUUGUUACUGUUUCAGUAACCUUACUGUUUUGGUACCGAUAACUCGUGUGUGAGUGUGUAUAUUUAUUAUUAUUAUUCUUGGUUUUGAUUUCAGUAGUGGUUACUUGAGAAGCAUGUUACAUUGUCUUGUGCUUUUUUUAAGUGAUAUGGUGUAUGAAUGUAUAUAAAUAUAUCUAUAUCUAAAUAUAUAAAGAUGCAUAACUGUUUACUGCACUAAGAAUAAAACAGCGUUCAUCCCAA